AUGAUUGCACCAUCAUCACUACCAAAGGAUGUCGUGGAGGAAAUCUUCUUGCGACUUCCGGUAAAAGCCCUAAUCCGACUGAAGUCACUCUCAAAACAGUGGAGAUCCACGAUCAACUCUCUCUCUUUCAAAGAGAGACACUUGAAGAUCGCCGAGCGAACUCGCGUGGAUCAUCCCAAAGUCAUAAUCAUCUCCGAAGAAAAUCCCCUCACCGGGAUUCCUGGGGUUUUUCGUCAAGACACAGACAUUAGUUUUAGGACAUUCUGCGUGGAAUCGUCUUCUCAUCUAUCCUUUGUUCUUAUCAAUUUCCCUCAAGGGUUCUUCCACUGGAGCUUCGUUUCUGAAAACUGCGAUGGCCUUUUCUGCAUCCAUUCCCCUUAUUCGCCCUCCAUAUAUGUAAUUAAUCCGGCUAUACGGUGGCUUCGACAACUUCCUCCAGCUAGGUUUCAGAUUUUGAUGCAAAACUUUUACCCGAAUCCACAAGAUAUGAAACACACGGAUUCAGUGUUUCAUCUAGCUUUCGUGAAGGCCAGUGAUUACAAAUUAGUGUGGCUGUAUAAUUCUGAUAAGUACAAUGUUGAUUCUUCGAGUCCAAACGAGGGAGUUACCAAGUGUGAGGUUUUUGACUUUAGGGCAAACGCCUGGAGGUACUUGGCUUGCACUCCAAGUUACCGUAUAUUUCAUGACCAAAAGCCAGCCUAUGCAAACGGGUCGUUAUAUUGGUUCACGGAACCAUAUAAAGCGAGAAUCAAAAUAGUGGCUUUUGAUAUCAAGACUGAAAGAUUCAGGUUGCUCCCUAAGAUUAUUCCGGCGAUUGCUGCUUCAGAUCCUCACCAUAUUGACAUGUGCGCUCUGGACAAUCGUUUGUGUAUGUCGAAAAGGGAGAAAGAUACGAUGAUCCAAGAUAUUUGGAGGUUGAAACCAUCAGAAGACACGUGGGAGAAGAUUUUGAGCAUAGAUUUGCUUUCUUGUUCUUCUUCCGGCCGGACUAAGUUUCGAGAUGGGUUUAACUGGAGCCGGAAGGAUAAGGUUGAGCCAUCCACACCGGUGGCGGUAUGCAAGAACAAAACGAUCUUGCUCUCACAUUGCUAUUCCCGCGGUCUGGUAAAAUAUGAUCCCCUCUCAAAGUCCCUAGAGUCCAUUUACCUAAGAGGUACUUCUAGGAGAAAAGUUACUUAUUUUCCGAGUUUGAUCUCUCAUAUCUAA